CAUUGUCCCUUUAUAAAGAGCCCAGCAAAUGAUAAGCCGCACACAGGAUGUGUUUAAGUGUGUGUGUGUAUCAUGUGUCCCAUGGCUACUUGUCCUGUAGGUUCCACCUGGCCUGGCCACUGUAAGAUGACCUCCGCAGUCUGGGAGAUAGUGGGAGAACAGAGGACAACAGAGAGGAAAAGGAAGUAGAAGAAUGAUGGAAAGAUGGCAGAACAGGGAACAUUUGAGAAAAGAGAGGUUUGAAGAUAAAGGGGUUGAAAAAGUCAAAAGAGUGCUGGGUAGAGGAAUAGGAUAGAUGUUGGGAAUUAUCAAUGGGCUUGACUGCUGUAUAUUUAAUGCUCAUGAAUCAUUGAUGUCAUCACUUGUCCACCAGCUCUAGAGGGACUGCACAUGCGUGUACACACACACACCCUCUUGUGCCUGUGUACUGUUCGAUGCGGUCAUCAUGACUACCAAUGGAUCCAUUCUAGAGAUGGAAAUCGUGAGACACCAACGGACUCAUCAGAGCAAGGCUCGGGCGCGCUCAUACCUGCUAUCUCGGCCCUUGCUCCCUCUGCCUCCAGCCAGCGCCCCACGGAUCAGGGAGACGGUCCACCUUCCUAUCUUGGCCUCCCACAAACCCACACUUGAGAGGCAGGAUGCACCCCCAGUAUCACUCAGUAUCAGUGAACCAUCACUCUUCACCUCGGAGCCCAAGGUUACCCUGUUUGACAGGUUUCCACACAGACGCCACCCCCCUCUCCGUAAACGUACACCCCAACUGCCAUUCUGCAAGUUAUGUGAUCCAGGUGGGAGGAGUCAGAGCUAUAGACCCACCUACACCCACUUCUCUUAUCCAAUCAGACCAGCCGUGAAGCUGUCCCCAACUCCACCACGGAGCCAGUCAACAUCCGCCACUCAGCUGGGGGUUCGGCGACUGGUGUUUGCGUCCCCUCUGCCCUUAGGUGCACCUCAGGGAGUUCUGUCUGUGAGGGGGACCCCCUGCCUGCCCCCCCAGCCCGGCCCUUCUGCCCAGCCUACACGAGGACGUACCCAGCUUCAUGUUUUCCUACCCACAGAGGUGGUUCCCUCAGAGGAGGUUGACAGUGAAUCGGUGGAUGAGGGUUUUAUGGACGAGCUGGACAGUAAGGUCUCCUCUUUGAAGAUCCAUCAGGGGACAUCAAAACCACCAGUGUAAUAAACAGACUUGUUGAAUGACA